GACUUUGUCAAAGCCAAGAUUCAAAGCGUGGAUUUAAUAAUGUUCAUAAAGACCUAGCUAGGUACGUAUACUUAGGUACCUGUCGUGUGCUAUGAAAUAUUACGUACUUUGAGAAGCCAUCAAUAGAUGAGACCUAUCUUGAUGAGAAAUGAGCAAGGAAAUAUAUCUUGGACUUCUUGAACCCCUACGCCCGUACGCGAAUAAGAACACACCAUAGCCAUCCCCCAUUCCCGCAUAAUGGGCGUUUUAGCUCUCAUCGUGAUCAACAAGGCUGGAGGUCUUAUUUAUAAUAGGACCUUUGGUGAUGGCCUCAACCAGCUCAAUACGAACGACUACCUUGUUCUUGCUGGAACUUUCCACGGAGUCCACGCCAUCACAGCUCGGCUCAACCCACUCAAGGGGAUAUUGAAUUCCCAAUAUCAAACAGCUGUUAAUGCCGCGGGUGUACCGAUACCAACCAGGCCGGAGCCCCCUUCCGGCCUUGAAGUGCUCGAGUCGGAGAACUUUCGGCUGCAGUGUUUCAACACCUUAACCGGCACUAAAUUCCUACUAUUCACCGACACAAUGCAAACCAACGUGGAUUUAACCAUACGCAAAAUCUACGACCUAUACUCUGAUUACGUCAUGAAGAACCCCUUCUACCAACUCGAAAUGCCUAUACGUUGCGAGACUUUCGACAGGAAAUUAAAUUCUUACAUAAGAGAGAUCAAUAGCUCCAGAUAGAAUGGCGUGAUACCGGGUACUCAUUAGAUAUGUUUUCAUUAUGAGCUUGUCACUAGGAACGAAGAAGGUCUUGCCGACUUGAUAGGGCGGGAUUAAAUAGAUACCUAUGUAUGGUUAUAGGUUUGCAUCGUCGCACGGCGUUUGGAGUUUAGAGAUUUGGUUUUA